GUGCGAGGACUCCAGAAGUAGAAGCAGUUUACGGAAGUGUAACGUUGAGGCCCUCCUUGUGGAUCUGGAGAAAAUAGAGGGUGUAUGUACAAAGACUUUUGAAGAGGUGUGUGAACACACGUGAUUUAAACGAAAACAAAGACCAGCUCCUCUCUUUGCCGACUGUCUCUUUUCUAAAACUAAUCUGCCUGAGAGUUCACCAGCUCCUGAAGCAUGGUGCUAUGGUGGGUCUUAUUUCCUGCAUGCCUUCACAGUCCUUUCACAGAAACCUCACAGAGGAAAGGUGUACUUCCACCACAAUAAGAAUCUUCGACAUUAUUGGCCAGAGGGAUAAAAUCUUCUGGGGCUCCAAAUAAAGCCCACAGGUUCUGACUCCUCAGGAGAAAAAGCAUCACCUGAAGAGGGAGGAAGUGGAUUUGGGUAUCACCAUUUCUAGGGGCACACUUGAUUGAAGACUGAGACUUCUGAAGAGAAGCCAGAAGAUACAAAGACAGACCAUCCCAGUUGAAUGCUCUUUUCCAAGAACAGAAGAAAAUGAUCCAGGCCCAGGAAUCCGUAACACUGGAGGAUGUGGCUGUGGACUUCACCUGGGAGGAGUGGCAGCUCCUGGGCCCUGCUCAGAAGGACCUGUACCGGGACGUGAUGUUGGAGAACUACAGCAACCUGGUGGCAGUCGGGUAUCAAGCCAGCAAACCGGAUGUAUUCUUCAAGUUGGAACAAGGAGAACCAUCGUGGACAAUAGAAGAUGGAAUCCACAGUGGAGCUUGUUCAGAAAUCUGGAAAGUUGAUGAUCAUGUGCUGAAGCGCUUGCAUAGUGAAAUCCUAGUGAACAGAAGGAAACAAUGUCAUGAACAUGAUGCAUUUGAAAAUAUCGUUCAUUGCAGCAAAAGUCAGUUUCUGUUAGGGCAGAAUCAUGAUACAUUUGACUUACAUGGAAAAAGUUUGAAAUCAAAUUUAACUUUAGUUAAUAAGAGCAAAGGCUAUGAAAUAAAGAACUCUUGUGAGUUUACUGGAAAUGGGGACUCCUUUCUUCAAGCUAACCAUGAACGACUUCAUACUGCAAUUAAAUUCCCUGCAAGUCAAAAACUCAUCAGCACUAAGUCCCAAUUCAUCAAUCCCAAGCAUCAGAAAACACGGAAAUUGGAGAAGCAUCACGUAUGCAGUGAAUGUGGGAAAGCCUUCAUCAAGAAGUCUUGGCUAACUGAUCACCAGGUAAUGCAUACAGGAGAGAAACCCCACAGAUGUAGUCUGUGUGAGAAAGCCUUCUCCAGAAAGUUCAUGCUCACUGAACAUCAGCGAACUCAUACGGGAGAAAAACCUUAUGAAUGCCCUGAAUGUGGCAAAGCCUUUCUCAAGAAAUCACGGCUCAACAUACAUCAGAAAACACAUACCGGAGAGAAACCCUAUAUAUGCAGUGAAUGUGGAAAAGGCUUCAUCCAGAAAGGAAAUCUCAUUGUACACCAGCGAAUUCAUACAGGUGAGAAACCUUAUAUAUGCAGUGAAUGUGGAAAAGGCUUCAUUCAGAAGACUUGCCUCAUAGCACAUCAGAGAUUUCACACGGGAAAGACGCCCUUUGUGUGCAGUGAAUGUGGAAAAUCCUGUUCUCAGAAGUCAGGUCUCAUUAAACAUCAAAGAAUUCACACAGGAGAGAAACCCUUUGAAUGUAGUGAAUGUGGGAAAGCCUUUAGCACAAAGCAAAAGCUCAUUGUCCAUCAAAGGACUCAUACAGGAGAGAGACCCUAUGGCUGCAACGAGUGUGGGAAAGCAUUUGCGUAUAUGUCGUGCCUGGUUAAGCAUAAGAGAAUACACACGAGGGAGAAACAAGAUGCAGUCAAGGUGGAAAAUCCUCCUGCAGAGAGGCACAGCUUAUUACACACCAGUGAUGUCAUGCAGGAGAAAAACUCCGCUAACGGGGUGACUACACAAGUGCCUUCCGUGGCCCCUCAGACAUCACUAAACAUCAGCGGCCUCCUCGCAAACAGGAACAUAGUCCUUGUGGGACAGCCAGUGGUCAGAUGUGCAGCCUCAGGAGAUGAUAGAGGAUUUGCACAGGACAGAAACCUUGUGAAUGCGGUGAAUGUGGUUGUGCCUUCCGUGAUCAAUUAUGUCUUAUUUUAUGUUACAGAAAACCCAUAGGAAGAGAACUCAGAUCUAUGUGGAAAAAGGGUGGAGCAAAAAUUUGUAGUUCAUUAUGUGGCUGAAAAGCAUACACUGAGAGAAAAUGUUUAAGGCAGAGAAAGCCUGAUAAACUCAUCCUAUUUAAAUGUAUGCUGUGAUGCACAGGCAAAAUCUGAUGUUAGCCUAAACACAUACACAGCAAUUGCUCUAUUGUGUCAAAUAAAUGAGUAAAGGAAGCCCAAGUACUUUGAAGUGGAAGAAAUGAAGUACUGUGAAUUUUUAAAAGAGAUGAAAGAAUUGGUAUCGGGGGUGUUGCAGUGACUGAAAAACCCCAUAAGGGCGGUUGGUGGGAAAGGGCUAGUACAGGAAUGGUGGGAUGUGGGACGCAUUUGUGUCAAUUCAGUUUCCUUAGACCAGUGUGAAGGAUUAAUUGAAAACCAGGACCAUAAACUUUCAGAACUUUAUAUUUUGCAGAGGGAUCUGUGAAACUAGUCAUUUUGUUUCAUUAAACAAAUAUUUUAAAAUUAUAUCCUUUGUACCCUGUCCUGUUCCAGGAGCUGAGGUCAAAGAAGAAAAAGUUUGUGGUCUCCCGGAGAGUUUGCGGGGUUAAUUUUAAGUAGUAUCAUUACACUCAGCUAAUCUAGUCAGGGGAUGCAAAUAUCUACAUUAGGUGAAAUGGACAUGGAGUAACUGUGUCCAGGGAACAUGAUAAUUUGUUGUUCAAGGAGCAGCAGAAGGACUGCUGUUAA